GGAGCCAACAGUCAGUUUCCAGUCGGCAGCAGACCGCCAUUGAUCGUGAGGAGUAAGGCUACACGUAGCUUGCUUGCAAGCAUCGUAGCUGUUGAGAGGAAUUAUCUGUUGAUUCGACUCGUUUAUUAGUGUAUUGUUUUUGUUGAUAUCUUCUGCGCUCCCCCGGUGCCCGGGGUGGGAUUGCUGCUGACAUGGGUACUUUAGGUUCAGAUUCCAAAGCCCCAAUCAGGCUGGUAAAACGGGUCCAGUUUGGCAUUCUGAGCCCUGACGAAAUACGUCGGAUGUCUGUCACAGAAGGUGGCAUCAAAUAUCCUGAAAUUUAUGAAGGAGGAAAACCAAAACUGGGUGGCCUCAUGGAUCCUAGACAAGGAGUCAUUGAUCGCUCAGCCAGGUGCCAGACAUGUGCUGGCAACAUGAAUGAAUGCCCAGGACAUUUUGGCCAUAUUGAUUUAGCCAAACCUGUCUACCACAUUGGAUUUAUUCAAAAGACAAUGAAAAUUCUUCGUUGUGUGUGCUUUUACUGCUCAAAACUUCUGGUAAGCCCAAACAACCCCAAAAUUAAAGAAGUUUUGGUGAAAUCCAAAGGCCAACCAAGAAAGCGUAUGGCCCAUGUAUAUGAUCUUUGUAAAGGAAAAAACAUCUGUGAAGGUGGUGAUGAGAUUGAUAUUGGGAAAGAUGAGGACAUAUCAAAGGAGGCAUCAAAAAAAGUCAGCCAUGGCGGCUGUGGUCGCUACCAGCCAACAAUUCGCCGUCAAGGUUUGGAAAUGACGGGCGAAUGGAAGCACGUGAAUGAAGACUCGCAAGAAAAGAAAAUAGUUUUGACGGCUGAACGUGUCUGGGAGAUUUUCAAACACAUUUCGGACGAAGAAUGCGCCAUCCUCGGAAUGGAUCCCAAAUAUGCUCGUCCAGAUUGGAUGAUCGUCACGUGCUUGCCCGUACCUCCCCUUGCCGUUCGCCCGGCUGUUGUAAUGCACGGCUCAGCCCGUAAUCAAGACGAUCUUACACACAAAUUGGCUGACAUUGUCAAAGCUAAUAAUGAACUGCAACGUAAUGAACAAUCUGGCGCUGCAGCUCACAUCAUCGCCGAAAAUAUUAAAAUGCUCCAGUUCCACGUAGCCACCAUGGUAGAUAACGAUUCUCCCGGCCUGCCUCGUGCGCAGCAGAAAUCAGGACGUCCAAUCAAAUCUGUCAAAGCUCGUUUGAAGGGCAAAGAAGGUCGUAUUCGAGGUAAUUUAAUGGGUAAACGUGUUGACUUUUCGGCACGUACGGUCAUUACGCCAGAUCCCAAUCUUCGUAUCGAUCAAGUGGGCGUUCCACGAAGUAUCGCGCAAAACAUGACCUUUCCUGAAAUCGUGACGCCGUUCAAUAUUGAAAAGAUGCAGGAGUUGGUGCAGCGAGGUAACUCGCAGUAUCCAGGUGCCAAGUAUAUCAUCCGAGAAAACGGCGACCGUAUUGAUCUGAGGUUUCAUCCCAAGUCCUCUGAUCUCCAUCUUCAAUGCGGCUAUAAAGUUGAAAGACAUAUUCGCGAUGGCGAUUUGGUUGUCUUCAAUCGCCAACCUACGUUGCACAAAAUGUCUAUGAUGGGGCAUCGUGUAAAAGUGCUUCCCUGGUCGACGUUUAGGAUGAAUCUUAGUUGUACAUCUCCCUACAAUGCUGAUUUUGACGGUGACGAAAUGAAUUUGCAUGUUCCCCAAAGUAUGGAGACUCGCGCGGAAGUGGAAAACAUCCACGUUACACCACGCCAAAUUAUCACCCCACAGGCCAAUAAGCCUGUAAUGGGUAUCGUGCAAGACACUCUUUGCGCAGUUCGCAAAAUGACGAAGCGUGACGUAUUCCUCGAGAAAGAGCAAAUGAUGAAUUUGCUCAUGUUUCUUCCCACCUGGGAUGGCAAGAUGCCACAGCCCGCCAUUCUUAAACCUAGGCCUAUGUGGACAGGUAAACAGCUGUUCACCUUGAUUAUUCCGGGUAAUGUCAACAUGAUUCGAACACAUUCGACCCAUCCUGACGAUGAAGACGAAGGUCCAUACAAAUGGAUUUCCCCUGGUGACACAAAAGUCAUGGUAGAAAACGGGGAGUUGGUUAUGGGCAUUUUAUGUAAAAAGACGCUCGGUGCCUCGGCUGCUUCUCUGCUCCACAUUAUUUUCAUGGAAUUAGGACACGAAGUUUGUGGACGAUUCUAUGGCAACAUUCAGACGGUCAUCAACAACUGGCUGUUGUACGAGGGUCACAGUAUCGGCAUUGGUGAUACCAUCGCCGAUCCUCAAACAUACUUGGAUAUUCAGGCCACCAUUAAAAAGGCUAAAGAAGACGUCAUAGAGGUUAUCCAAAAGUCACAUAACGACGAGCUAGAGCCCACACCGGGUAACACUCUUCGCCAAACGUUCGAAAAUCAAGUGAACCGUAUCCUCAACGAUGCUCGUGACAAAACUGGUGGUUCAGCCAAAAAGUCGCUGACAGAGUACAAUAACCUCAAGUCCAUGGUGGUUGCUGGUUCCAAAGGUUCUAACAUCAACAUUUCCCAGGUCAUUGCCUGUGUGGGUCAGCAAAACGUCGAAGGUAAACGAAUUCCAUUCGGCUUUCGCAAAAGGACAUUGCCCCAUUUCAUCAAAGAUGAUUACGGUCCCGAGUCGAGAGGUUUCGUCGAAAACUCUUACCUCGCCGGUUUGACACCAUCUGAAUUCUACUUUCACGCUAUGGGUGGUCGUGAAGGUCUUAUUGAUACUGCCGUCAAAACAGCCGAAACUGGUUACAUUCAACGACGUCUCAUCAAAGCCAUGGAGUCUGUUAUGGUACAUUACGACGGCACGGUCCGUAACUCGGUCGGCCAGUUGAUUCAGCUUCGUUACGGAGAAGACGGUCUUUCUGCUGAAUCCGUUGAAUUUCAGACCAUGCCAACUGUGAAACUUUCAAACAAGGCAUUUGAAAAGAAAUUCAAAUUUGAUCCAAGCAAUGAGCGCUAUCUUCGUCGCAUCUUCAACGAAGACAUUACACGCGAGCUGAGUAGCAGUGCUGAAGUCAUCACAGAAAUCGAACAUGAAUGGGAACAGUUAGACAAGGAUCGAGAGGCGUUGCGCCAAAUUUUCCCUACUGGCGAGAAUAAGGUGGUAUUGCCAUGUAAUUUGCAACGUAUGAUUUGGAACGUCCAGAAGAUCUUCCACAUCAACAAACGUGCGCCGACAGACCUAAGCCCGCUACGUGUUAUUCAAGGGGUCAGAGACCUGCUUUCCAGAUGCGUUGUUGUAGUUGGUGAGGACAAGUUGAGUGUCCAAGCCAAUCAAAACGCCACUCUCCUGUUCCAGUGCCUAAUUCGUUCCACGCUAUGUUCUAAACGUCUAGCCGAAGAAUACCGCCUCUCGUCCGAAGCUUUUGAGUGGCUUAUCGGUGAGAUUGAGACUCGCUUCCAGCAAGCACAAGCCCAACCAGGUGAAAUGGUUGGUGCACUCGCAGCCCAGUCCCUCGGAGAGCCUGCCACGCAGAUGACGCUCAACACUUUCCAUUUUGCUGGUGUCUCAUCCAAGAACGUGACACUUGGUGUGCCUCGUCUUAAGGAAAUUAUUAACAUCAGUAAAAAUCCUAAAGCGCCUUCUCUUACCGUCUUCUUGACUGGCGCAGCAGCGCGAGAUGCCGAAAAAGCUAAGAACGUUCUCUGUCGGCUUGAGCACACUACAUUGCGAAAAGUGACGGCCAACACAGCCAUCUACUACGAUCCGGAUCCGCAGAACACGGUCAUUUCUGAAGAUCAAGAAUUCGUCAAUGUGUACUACGAAAUGCCAGACUUUGAUCCUACCCGAAUCUCUCCCUGGUUGUUGCGUAUUGAGCUUGAUCGCAAGCGUAUGACGGACAAGAGAUUGACCAUGGAACAGAUUGCUGAAAAGGUGAAUGCUGGAUUUGGUGACGACUUGAAUUGUAUCUUCAACGACGACAAUGCUGAAAAAUUGGUACUGCGAAUUCGCAUCAUGAAUAGCGAUGACAGCAAAUUCAGUGAGGAGGAAGAACAAGUAGACAAAAUGGAGGACGACAUGUUCUUGCGCUGUAUUGAAGCCAACAUGCUGUCAGACAUGACGUUGCAAGGCAUUGAAUCCAUUGGCAAAGUGUACAUGCAUUUGCCACAAACGGAUCAGAAGAAACGAAUUGUCGUCACCGAAGCUGGAGAGUUUAAAGCCAUCGCUGAAUGGCUCCUGGAAACGGACGGUACCCAGUUGAUGAGAGUGUUGAGUGAGCGUGACGUCGAUCCUGUUCGUACGUAUUCAAACGAUAUUUGCGAAAUUUUCGCUGUUCUCGGUAUCGAAGCCGUGCGUAAAUCAGUCGAAAAAGAAAUGAACACGGUACUUCAGUUUUAUGGCUUGUACGUCAACUAUCGCCAUCUCGCACUUCUUUGCGACGUCAUGACCGCCAAGGGUCAUCUGAUGGCCAUCACACGUCACGGCAUCAACAGACAAGAUACUGGUGCGUUGAUGAGAUGUUCUUUUGAAGAAACUGUGGACGUUUUACUGGAAGCUGCCGGUCAUGCCGAAGUUGAUCCGCUACGUGGUGUGUCCGAAAACAUCAUUUUGGGUCAGCUACCUAGGAUGGGCACAGGAUGCUUUGAUUUGCUGCUUGAUGCUGAAAAGUGCAAACAAGGAAUUGAAAUUCCUUUGAGUAUUGGUGCUGGAAUGGGUACGGGCAUGUUCUUUGGUAGCGCUGCUACUCCUAUGGCUGGUAUGAGCCCUCAAAUGACGCCGUGGAAUCAGGUUGCCACUCCGGCAUACGGGUCCGUCUGGUCCCCUGGUUUGGGUAGUGGCAUGACUCCUGGAGGACCAGCAUUCUCUCCGUCUGUGGCAAGCGAUGCUAGCGGUCUUUCACCUGGCUAUUCUCCGGCGUGGUCUCCACAACCAGGAAGUCCGGGUUCCCCAGGUCCUGGUAUGAGUCCUUACAUUCCUAGUCCGGGAAUGUCACCUUCCUAUUCGCCUUCUUCGCCUGCAUACGCACCGACGAGCCCAUCGAUGACGCCAUCGAGUCCGUCGUAUUCUCCCACCAGUCCGUCGUACAGUCCAACGAGCCCUAACUACAGUCCGACCAGUCCUGGUUAUUCGCCCACAUCACCAAGUUAUUCACCUACCAGUCCGAGUUAUUCGCCGACAUCCCCCAGCUACAGUCCGACGUCACCGACGUAUUCACCGACUAGUCCAAGUUAUUCGCCGACAAGUCCUAGUUAUUCCCCUACGUCGCCGAGCUACAGCCCAACGUCCCCGACUUAUUCUCCUUCGAGUCCGUCUUAUAGUCCGAGCUCGCCGAGCUACUCGCCGACUAGCCCGAGCUAUUCUCCAACAAGUCCGAGCUAUUCGCCAACGAGCCCGAGUUAUUCACCCAGCUCCCCCAGCUACACGCCGGCAUCUCCUAGCUACAGCCCGACAAGUCCGAGUUACUCGCCCAGCUCUCCGCAGUACUCACCGCGUAGUCCGGCUUAUUCACCCAGCAGCCCGAAAUAUUCACCGACAUCGCCAUCUUACUCUCCGGGAUCUCCACAAUACACCCCGGCGUCGCCCAAGUACUCACCGACGUCUCCGACGUAUUCGCCGACUUCGCCUGCUUACUCUCCGAGCAGUCCAAAGUACUCGCCGACUUCUCCGCGCUAUUCGCCGGCCUCGCCCAAGUACUCCCCGACAUCACCGAGUUACAGUCCAGCAAGUCCAGCGUACUCGCCGAGCAGUCCAAAUUACUCGCCCACUUCGCCAUCAUAUUCACCCGCUUCCCCCAAAUAUUCACCAACCUCCCCAACCUAUUCUCCAGCACCCACGGGCUAUUCACCUACUUCGCCUUCCUACUCACCCACGAGUCCCACUUACGAAUCUGACUCUGAAAGGGAGAAAGAAGAUCGUCGUAAACGUUCUAGGCGAUAGCGUAGCCUACGGCAGCUCAACACUGACAUACAACAUAAAUCCAUUCAGGUUCAUGGUGACUUUUUUUAUUUUUUCAUAUGAUUCCUCAUUAGAAAUUUGUUCAGUCGUUGAGCUUCGUUGUUACCUUUCAGCCAGGAUUGCUUGUUUCCAUUGUAAUUGGACUUGAAGUAUAAUACACAAAUGUGAAAAUAA